GUCCCAGCCAUUACUCUGGCGAUAGACGAGAUUAACAACCGAACGGAUUUUUUGUUGAAUAAAAUGACUGUCUACAAGGAUACCACUUAUGGCAUGCUGACUCGCGUUGGUCCUGUAAAUUUCCAAACGUUGUCCUUGAUGUUUGGGAAAAUUCUUAAUCAUUAUAAAUGGAAUCGUUUGAAACUACUUUACGAGUCUUCUGGACAAGACUACAUUCGAAAAUAA